AUGCUGCGCUGGUUAUCCCUCGCACUUGUCUUGGCGACUAACGUCGUUGCGUUACCCAUUCCACAAUCCAAAGAGCCAAGCGAUGCACCGUCCCAGUGCCAGGCACGUGCCUGGGUGAGAGCACCUGACAUGGUUCCCGGCGAAGUUAUUGCAGGAGAUGUCAAGAUUAAACUCAGGGGACCAUGCACUGGCGCAGAGAGCUAUACGCUCGGCUUGCGCUAUAAGGAAAAGACAUCUCGACAGACGGGAAGAUGCGCCGAUUCCGAAAAUGCCCAAAAUGACAACUCCGGGAGUCCAAACUACAACGAAGCAGAAUGGAGGGCAUACGAAAACUCAGUUCAAAAUAAGGACUUGUGGUCUAUCCACGAGGAAGAACGGAUUGCCUUUGAGAUCAAGAGUCCUUUGGUCGCAGAUCCACUGUCAACAAACUUCACGACCCAAUUCGGAGUUCUGGUACCGAAUACAAACUACCCUCCAGGAAUAGACUGUCGUGGAGGUUCCAUAUCUCACGGGGGAGCGGAUAUGAUAUCCAGUGAAUCGAUUUACGAGUACUUUGUCGAAAUCGGGUUUAGCAAUGGCACCACUUCAGAGAUACGUGCGGGAAUUACGGCCUUUACCCCGUUCUACCCCUUGACGGAAAACAACGCACCCAGUGUUAACGUAUCUCUAUCUCCGGCACCGGCACCAGGGCCCCCACGCUCCCGUUUUAAGAAGCCAUCAGCAGACAGGUUGCAGAGCAACUACACGAUUGAAUUAUCUUUUCCUGAAGGAGCUCAAGUUUAUCAAAACUCGUCCAUGAAAUUCACAGCCAUUGUCCAUCGGACAGGAUAUACGAAUCGGACAGAGACUCCUGUACAGCUGUGUGCGUUCUCGGCGAAUGACAUUGAAUGGCAUUCUGAGGAGCUCCAGAACCUAUCACGGCCAUCUCUACCAUCCAUUAUAGGGCAUUGGUCCCUUCCGUUACCCCAGAUCAAAUUUGUAGCAACUCCUGCACUCUUGACUGACGAAGGCCACAUUUUUUCCGCGUCCUCCGAACCUCUUUCAUUAUCCCUCUACAUGGGUCCCGAUGGUGUUCCUGAUUUUUCAACGUACUAUCAGAAACUGGGACAUCAUGUGAAUCUGAAGCUCCAUAUCGCGCCUGAUCCAUCAGAGCCAUGGGAUAAUGAAUUCGAGAAAAAACAAUGGGAGAUGCAGAAAAAACAAUGGGAGAGGCAGAUUGCGAAGGUGGAUAUGGAUGCGGAUGAACUUGACUGGGUGCCCUGGAUGCCGCCAACACAGAUUCGUCGCCGAUCCCUUUCCGGCGACGCCAAUGUUCUAUCAGUCAUUCCAAUGCAGAAGAAGCAGGGACCUGUGCGAUCAACCCCAGUCCACUACCUGUCUGACAAUGCUCGCCAACCAGUAUUUGUCGAUUCGUCGGACAUCGCUGACCUUCGUCUGAUGUUGCCCGAGGAACGCGAUCUCAUUGCCCCAGCUUACGCAGCCGGUUAUCAAGGUUUUUGCCAAGGGAAGAAGAGCUUCCACGUAGAUAUUUCACUGGCGGUGACACACGACACUCGAUCUACGUUGGAGACACCUGGGUCAACAAAGUAUUACCUAUGGUUGCUGAGGGUCAGCGCGAGAGGGAUGCUGUGGACCACUUGCUCGUUGUGCAGUGAUGACGAUCAUCAAUUGAUGUAA